UAUGGCAGAACAACAACAAACUUCUUCUAGUUUCAAACACAUGUCUUUGGAUAAGAUUAUUGAAGCUAUGACUCCAGAUUUAGAAGGUUCCAACGGUCAUUAUGCUCAGUUUAAUGUUCCUUCGCAACAAACCACUUCUCGUAAUUGGGGAGAUUAUGUACCUAGACAAACCAGACAUCACAUCACUGGUCAACCCACACAUUCUAAUUCUGGAAUACAACCUGUGACACCAAUGACCACGUCUCUAUAUAUGCAAGAUAUGUCCAGUUAUGACACUGCAACAACUGAUUCAAUAUAUUUUCCAUCACAAACAACAGUAAAUCAUCUAGGCAUUAAUGAGAAUAAUGAUUUAAUUGGUACCAUUGAUGUCGGAGGUGGUAACUAUAUUAAUGUUAUUUAUGGAAAUGCUUCUCAAAUUAUGGCUGAGCAAUGUCGUCUUUCAAAUAUGACAUCUUACUCUAAUCAAAGUAUCGUUAAUCAGGAGUAUGGGCUUUUCAAUGAUCAACAUAUGACUGUACCAUCUGAGUUGCCAAGUCAAAACUUUAAUGGAAAACAGCUAAUUGACAAUCUAGUUGAAAAUUGGGUGCCAAACCAAUCUGGUACUUACAGUCCAUUUGGAGGAUCUCCCAAUAUCACACCUGUACCGCAAACUGUACGCGAUAUAAGAGAAAGCGAAGAUUUACCCACUAGAAAUAUAUCGGACUCUCAACACAAAAAGCCAAGAAUGGUAGCUGAAGUGAAGCCUAUGCGACCAUCUUAUUCUGAUGUUUUAACGAAAUCUGUACCAACUCCACCAUCUCCAUUAACGAUUCAGCCUAUAAAACCAAAAAUCGAGAUAACAGGCAAGAAAAUCUCUAAUAAGAAUAUGAAAACUAAGAAUAAACCUACUCUGUUGAAGAGACAGAAUUCGUCUGGUAGUGAUGAUCACAAUUCUCCGAAAAUGCAAAUUCCUAAAAAAGUUUUCGAAAAAAAUUCUUCCAAUCUUCCAAGACGUUGGGUAUCACUAGACAACCUUGGUUCACAAUCUGAUUCUCGUCAGAUAAAUACAUUUGAUAGAUCCGUUCAAUUUUGUUCGGAAAAGAAGAAAUCUGAUAAGAAAUCGUCUAAGAAAGCAGAAAAGAAUGAGACUCUCAAUAAUACCAAGAUACAAAAUAAUAAUCCUAAAACUGCAGGAAAUAUUCCAAAACGUCCGAUACAGAUAAAUAAUAACUUGAAUACAAUUAAUACAUCCAGUCAGACAGUCUCAUCUGAAAGAAUAGAAAAGAAUCAACAAAUUAUUAAUAAAGGCAUUAAAGAGGAUAAAAAGACAGUUAAGGAAAAGAAACGUUUUCAAAUUGAAAAAGCCCAGCAACAAAUUAAGAAGGGACAAAGAAAUAGAAAGAGAGACAAUAAAGAAUCUUCUAUUAAAGAUUUAUAUAAAAAUUUAAAUAAAUAUGCGACUCGUUGGAGCAAAAUUCUAUUGAAAAUCUUUUAUUGGCUAUUGCAUUUAAUCUUUGAUGUAGUUAGCAUGAGCGUCAACCUGGUUAUUCAACUUGGUAAAUGCGCUUGGUAUCAUACUAUACUUUAUUUGAAGUGUUGGUGGAUAUAUGUGGCUGUGACAUUUUGUAAAAUUCAUAUUUUCAAUGCUAUUGGUAAACAAUUGGACAAUUGGCUCGGUAGUAGUAAAUUUGCGUUUUGGCGAAAGAUAAAUACUAAGAAGAACGAAGAGAAAGAAGAUAGUGGUAAUUGGAUUCAUGGUGGACUAGAAACUAAUAUUGCGUUACCUAGCACCGGUGAGGAAGCCAUGAAAAGAUUAUUAGCAUGCAAGGGAAAGGAUCCUUACAGCAUACUCGGUGUUACGCCUACGUGCUCGGAUGACGAUAUUAAAAAAUAUUACAAGAGGCAAGCUUUCUUAGUACACCCGGAUAAAAAUAAUCAGCCAGGGGCAGAAGAAGCAUUCAAAAUAUUGGUACAUGCCUUCGAUAUCAUUGGGGAACCGGAACGUAGGCAAGCAUUUGAUCAGACUAGACAAGUCGAAGCGGCUUGGGGUGAUCUAAGCGACUUGCUAUCUCAACUUCAUCGAAAGAUGGAACAAGCAGCAAAUACAAUAAGGUGUACAAAUUGCGGUUUGAGACACAAACGUAUCCCAACACAACGUCCUUGUUAUGCCGCACGAUUUUGCAAUCAAUGCAAAAUACGUCACAGUGCGAAAGAAGGUGAUAUAUGGGCAGAAUCUCGUUUAAUGGGUUUCCUAUGGCACUACUACGCGUGCAUGGAAGGAGCCGUGUAUGAUGUGACUGACUGGGCAGCUUGCCAAGCUGGGAAUCUCAAACAUCUUAGAGCGAAUACACAUGGUGUCCAAUAUAGAAUCGUCUUAGGACAAAGAUUACCGACUCAAACACCCAAUAGCGGUAAAAAGCGGCAACAAAUAGAUCCCAAUACAAGCGAAGCGGAUUUCGAGGAUUUCCUAAACAAUCUCUACAACCAUAGUAAAUGUACUGGCGUUAAUACAUCAGAGGAUCAAAAUUCUUUCAGAAGCGAUAGCAGACGACGCAAAACUAAGCGUAAGAAGUAGAUAAAUAGCAGUAG